AUGUCGAACACCACCCGCACUUUUGAGCCAACCUUUGAGGGGAAGACCCUCCGCGAGCUCUGGGCGGAACAACUCCCCUUCGUGUUCGACGCUCCCCGCCGCAGGGCGAAAGCCACCUGGACUGAUAACGAGCUCAUCUUCGUCCACUUUUGGUACGGCAAGGCGGGGCUAUGGGCCAUCGCCUGGGCCAUUGGACGCUCCUACCAGGCUCUGCGCAACCGGGAGCACAAGUUCAAGAAGCAGGUGAAGAACCUCGACCUGGCCGCCUGUCCCACCAAGGAGGUCAUCAUCCCUGGCGUUCGGGUCCCCGUCGAUGCUCUGAGAGAGCAUCUCUGGCGCGAGGCGCCUUACGAGGCGGCCAAGGCUGCCGAGACCAAAGUUCGCUUGGCUCUGAACCCUCGCCCAAAGGGCAAUACCCGUGGUCUUCUCCCCACCAAGGCCAAAGCUCUCGGCGUGAAGAAGACUCGCGGCAAGAAGGCUGCCGGCAAGAAGACUCCGACCAGGAAGAGGAGCACCGCCACUCCUGUCGUCGCCGCCGCCCCUGCCUCGCCUCUCCGCGAGGCCAAUACCGACUCCGCCGUGUGGGUCGACCCCAUCACCUCCCGCCAGUACACCGGCGCGGAGGUCCGUGGGGGCUAUCUUGGGCUGCCAGCCUACCAGCCGCCAUCCAUGGCCACCAUGGAUGCCACCGCUUCCGCUGCUCGUGGCUUGUUGAUGCUUGGCCAGGUCAACAUCAACUCCGGCUCCAACAACAAUGGCAACGCCAUGGGAGUCAGCUCCCGCGUCUCCAUGGAGGAGGCCGAGAGGGAGAGGGCCGACGAGGUGGCGCGCUUCCGCGUGUUCGGGCCUCACGGUCGCCCAUGGGAGCAAUGA